AUGUUCACCGGCCUUAUCGAGCACAUGGGCACCGUCGACUCCAUCGAGCUCGACGAGGGCGGUUGCACCAUUCACAUCGCGGAUGCCGCACCGAUUUUGGACGACUGUCAUAUCGGAGAUAGUAUUGCGGUCAACGGCGCGUGCUUGACGGUGACGAAGUUUGAUGCGCAGGAGAAGGGCGGAUGGUUCGAGGUGUGGCUGGCGAAUGAGACGCUGGACAGGACUGAUCUUGGAGAGCGCAAGGUCGGAGACCAGUUGAACUUGGAACGUGCGAUGGGGGCACACGUUCGUUUCGGCGGACACUUUGUACAGGCACAUGUUGAUACGACAGCAACACUCGUAUCUAAGACUGCUGAUGGUGACUCGCUACGAUUGACGUUCCGACUGUCACCUCCUACACCGGAACGACCCUCCCUUUUACCAUACUUGAUCCCCAAGGGCUACGUUACAUUGGACGGGGCAUCUUUGACUUUGACCGGUGUCGAUGAUGCAGCCGGUACAUUCAGCGUGAUGUUGAUCCAGCAUACGCAGGAGAAGAUCACGCUUGCUAGGAAAGAAAUAGGUGCGAAGGUCAACGUGGAGGCGGACAUGGUGGGGAAGUACGUCGAGAAGAGCGUGGUAGCUGCGUUGGGUGGAUCGGGGAGCAGUGGGAUCCGAGCAAUGGUCGAGAAGGUGGUCGAGGAUGUGCUGUCCAAGAAAGGGGUUCAUUAG